AUUUCGUUGAUAAGUGACGAAUGAUUGACUUUUUUUUUUUAGACACUUUCUUUCCUUCUUCGUAUUAGCAACGUAAGGAAACGAUAAGUUUGCGCUUUACAGUCGAGUAACGCUGUUAUCGGCGCGGCUGAGAUAAGAGAUAACGGCGUCGGGUCUAUCUUCUUGGUCAGUUCUACUUUUCAAAUUCGAGGAGCUUGUCGUCCUCGCGCGUGCAGACGAGUUUUACAGUUACACCGUCGUAAAUAUAACAGCGACAGUGCGGAAUCGCGGAGAAUACGCGGCGCGAGGACGUGAUAUCGUAGAUUUUCGCCGCAACAGGUGGCUGACGUUUACUUGGACGGAGACGCGGUCGCAGCCCUGGAGAUUAUCGCGCCGGUGACAGUGAUUCAGCAGUGAUUAAUCGCAAAUGGAAGUUCGUUUGUUUGUUGCUCGGCGCGAGUCUUAAUGACGUGCUAUUAGGACGUUUGCGUCCGCCGGACGUCGGUCCCGCACGACAAGGCGUGUACGCGUAGAAGAAAAAGCAACCUCGGGUGUUCCUCGCAUCCUGGUGCGAAGCACUGUAUAUCGCGAAGUAACGAUGUCGUUUAUCGGGGUGAAGAAAAAGAAGAAGAGAUCGAUUAUAUGUAAAUGCGUUCCAUUGACCAAAGUGACCAGCUUUAGAUACCUCCGGACUUGCGUGACGCCGUGUGUGGGCGAUUACAUCAGGCACCCAGUUCUUUACGAACUGUCGAAUAAGUAUGGAGUGGCUGGCAGUGACCAGGUGCCCUUGUCGGCUCGUCUCGACGUGCUACGGGAGCACAUACGCCGAGAAAUACGCAAGGAGCUGAAAAUUAAGGCCGGCGCGGAGAAGCUGAGGGAGGUCGCGACCGAUCGCAAGUCGCUCUCGGACGUCGCGACGAUCGUGAAGAAGGCAAACAGCAAGCUGAACGAGCUUCAGGCAGAGCUCCAGCAGCUCGAGAGUCAAAUUAUCCUGACGCAGGGCCAGCCUCAAUCGCCGCAGCAGAAUCACUCCAACGGUCAAGACACGCCUCUAUCACCAAUGGGGUCUUCGUCGCCGAGUCAAGAAGGUCUAUUCACGGAUCUUCGACUCCUGUCCUUGGAGAAGCAGCUUAAUAUCGAACUGAAGGUCAAGCAGGGUGCUGAAAAUAUGAUACAGAGCUUAACGAGCGGCCAUCGUGACAAAAAACUGCUACAGGAGGCUCAACAAAUGCUAGACGAUUCUCGCGCCAAAAUUGAGUUCCUACGUAUGCGAAUUAUGAAGGUACGCCAGGCACGGCAGCAGCAACAGCGAGGCGAUGCGCCACCACCGAACGGCGAAACAGCUAGUAACAAAGACAGGUACGAGCCUAGCUUGGAGCUCGCGUUGGAGGAAAGGGUGGAAGAGCUGCGGCAUCGACUACGAAUAGAGGCAGCUGUCGUAGAAGGUGCCAAGAACGUGAUACGUCUUCUACAAAGUUCCAAAGUUGCUGAUAAGAAGGCCUUAACGGAGGCUCAAGCAAGCCUUGCAGAAUCCAGUAGAAAAUUGGACUUACUCAGAUUGUCCCUCGAGCUUAGAAGGCAAGAGUUACCUCCAGACAGCGGUACUGCAGUUCAGUUAAAAAGAGAAUUAGCUAGCGUACAAUCGGCUAGUCCAGUUCCUGUUACUUACACAUCAUUACAACCGUUCCGCGGUCCCUUGGAGGGUAAAGCCACCGUACCAGCUUCAGUAUCAAGAUGCGCUGCUGUUACAGGACAAUUAGAGGUAAGAUUAAUGGGAUGUCAAGACUUAGCAGAAGAAGUGCCUGGGCGUACGAGACGGGAACAUCCUGCUAGUCCUGAUUUACGUAGCUUUGUUAAGGGUGUCACAGGACGCAGCUCAAGCAAGUCAUAUAGCGUAAAAGAUGAAACGAGCAAUGAUAUUAUGGCAGUUAUAAAAUUAGAUAACCAAACCGUAGGACAAACUAGUUGGCGUCCAUGUUCCCAACAAGCUUGGGACCAAAGGUUUUCUAUUGAACUAGAUAAAUCAAGAGAACUUGAGAUAGGCAUUUAUUGGAAAGAUUGGAGAUCUCUUUGCGCGGUAAAAUUUUUACGUUUAGAAGAGUUUAUUGACGAUGUUCGACACGGUAUGGCUCUACAGUUAGAACCACAAGGCCUCCUAUUCGCGGAAAUAAAAUUCCUGAAUCCAAUGAUAUCGCGAAAGCCUAAAUUACAGCGUCAACGUAAGAUUUUUAAGCAGCAAGUGAAAAAUUUCCCAAGAGCGAAUCAAAUGAACAUAAAUGUUGCGACUUGGGGUAGAUUACUUAAACGUUCAGCGCCUUCAUUGCACAAUUCCAGGAAUUCGGAAAGUCCGCCGUCAGGACCACAACCACUGCAACUUGUGUUUGAUACCUCAGUAGAAGAUAAGCCUGAAACUCCUGGCGAGGUUCCCGAUCCAGAGAAAGGUGGAUUGGGUGGCGCACGGCCUUUAGGUAUGUCAACAUCGACUAGUAGUCCGACUUUGCCACGUCCUCCGGAGCAUCCUCCUCCACCGCCACCAACUGUAACAAAGAAACCUUCUAUACCUGCACCUGCGCCACCUCCAAAAUUGGAUCAAGAGUUACAGAGUGCAUUAAGGGAAUUUGAUUUUCUGCACAACGAGGAAAAGGGCGGGCCUCAGGGUGCCAAUUUAAGGCCCCUCGUGACAGAGCCCCGCCCUGUGCUGAUUGCACCACCCUCUCCACGCACACCCUCGCCCCAACCUGUCGUCGAGUUUCCUGAGGAUGAGAUAUAUGAAAUGCCAAUCAGACCUCUUCAAUAUAGAGAUAGUGCUUAUGAAUCAAGAAGACAUUCUCAACUUACUGGUAUGACUCUGGAGAACUUUAGACUACUUUCCGUACUCGGUCGUGGACAUUUCGGCAAAGUGAUACUGUCGCAAUACAGAAACACUGGAGAAUACUUUGCAAUUAAGGCCUUAAAAAAAGGAGAUAUCAUAGCUAGAGAUGAAGUGGAAUCAUUGCUUUCUGAAAAGAGAAUAUUCGAAGUAGCAAACACGACGCGCCAUCCUUUUCUUGUUAAUUUAUUUGCGUGUUUUCAAACAGAGGCGCAUGUAUGUUUUGUGAUGGAAUACGCAGCUGGUGGUGAUCUUAUGAUGCAUAUACAUGCUGAUGUUUUUGGGGAGCCACGUACUGUAUUCUAUUCUGCUUGUGUCGUUCUUGGAUUACAAUAUUUGCAUGAAAAUCGCAUUAUUUACAGAGACUUGAAGUUAGAUAAUCUGCUGUUAGAUACAGAAGGUUAUGUUAAAAUCGCAGAUUUCGGUUUAUGUAAAGAAGGUAUGGGAUUUGGAGAUAGAACAGGUACUUUCUGCGGUACUCCUGAGUUCUUAGCGCCCGAAGUAUUGACAGAGACUUCUUAUACGCGAGCUGUAGACUGGUGGGGUCUUGGAGUCUUAAUAUUUGAAAUGCUGGUUGGAGAGUCCCCUUUUCCAGGUGAUGAUGAAGAAGAAGUUUUUGACUCUAUUGUAAAUGACGAAGUACGAUAUCCAAGAUUCCUUUCUUUGGAAGCAAUUGCUAUUAUGAGAAGAUUACUUAGAAAAAAUCCGGACAGGAGAUUAGGUAGCAGUGAAAGAGAUGCCGAAGAUGUUAAAAAACAAGCAUUUUUCAGACAUAUAGCUUGGGAUGAUUUACUCUUAAGACGUGUGAAACCACCUUUUGUACCAGUAAUCCACUCAGUGGAAGAUGUAAGUAAUUUUGAUGAAGAAUUUACAUCGGAGAAGCCACAAUUAACACCUCCGAAAGAUCCUCGGCCUCUUAGUGACCUAGAGCAAAGUUUGUUCAAGGACUUUACUUAUAUGGCUGAUUGGUGCUAGCCGCAACAAUUGAUAUCCCUUGAUAGGGAAAUAUUGGUAUAAUUGAAGAAAAAGUUGUUUUUCGUACUAUCAAUUUACAUACGCAACUACGGUAUUUGCAUACGUGUUCGUUUAUUCGAGCAAUGUACAUCAUACAUUAUUAUACAUCAUGUAUAGAUUUUUUUUAUUUUGGAUACUAUAUUAAUGCAGUAGACACAUUUACAAGAGAAAUUCUUUAACCAAAGUUGUGGAGUGUAUAUGAGUGCAGCUUCACAAAUCGAGAUCGUUAAUGAAACUGGUGACUAAUAUUUCAUGUAACUUCUCGAAUAUAAUCAGAAAAAUCGGAGAGAAAUUGUUGAUGGUCGUUUACAUGAUCGAUUCAGGUUCAGAUAUCGAGAAAUUAAUUGAAGGCGCUUCGAAGAUCUUAGCUUAGGCUAGAUAAUAUGACAAAAUCUAUGUCUGUGUUUGAAUUUUGGGAAACAUCUGAGAUUACGUCAUUUUUGUAUGCUAGAUUUCUUUCGUUAUGGCGAUUGUUAAGAGGAUAAAAAUUUCAAAAUUUUCCGUUUAAUAUUAAAUUCUCAGAUUAUAAUGCCAACAGAUAUACUCGUGGUGCUCGAGUGCUUACCGAUAAAUGAUUUUGUUACAGAUCCCGAAACAAGGUAUUUCUUCGUAUAGCUUGUGAAUUUUUAUGGUUAUUCGUAUUCAUCAUGUCGAUCAAUAAUAUUAAGAGAAGUAAAAAAUUUGAAAACUGA